UCCCCAGACUUACCAGAUCAAGUUUUGAGGGUUUUCAAAGCAGAUCAGCAAAGUCGCUACAUCAUGAUCAGUAAGGACACAACAGCAAAAGAAGUGGUGAUCCAGGCUAUCAGGGAAUUUGCUCUCACUGCAACCCCCGAUGCAUAUUCACUAUGCGAAGUGUCUGUCACACCCGAGGGUGUAAUCAAGCAAAGGAGGCUUCCUGAUCAGUUAUCCAAGCUUGCUGACAGGAUACAGCUGAGUGGCAGGUAUUACCUGAAGAACAACAUGGAAACAGAAACUCUUUGUUCAGAUGAAGAUGCUCAAGAGUUACUAAGGGAAAGUCAAAUUUCCCUACUACAGCUCAGUACUGUUGAGGUGGCGACCCAACUCUCCAUGAGAAACUUUGAGCUAUUCCGUAAUAUUGAACCCACAGAAUACAUAGAUGACUUGUUUAAACUCAAAUCAAAAACAGGUUGCACUAAUCUAAAAAAGUUUGAAGAGGUCAUAAAUCAAGAAACAUUCUGGGUGGCUUCUGAGAUUCUGAGAGAAACCAACCAGUUGAAAAGGAUGAAGAUCAUUAAGCAUUUCAUUAAGAUAGCACUACACUGCAGAGAAUGCAAGAACUUCAACUCAAUGUUUGCCAUCAUUAGUGGCCUGAAUUUGGCACCAGUUGCAAGGCUCCGAACUACUUGGGAAAAGCUUCCAAGCAAGUAUGAAAAACUGUUUCAAGAUCUGCAGGACUUGUUUGAUCCAUCUAGAAAUAUGGCAAAAUAUCGUAAUAUCCUUAACAGCCAAAACCUACAGCCCCCUAUUAUCCCCCUGUUUCCUGUUAUCAAAAAGGACCUUACAUUCCUUCAUGAAGGAAAUGAUUCAAAAGUUGAGGGCUUGGUCAAUUUUGAGAAGCUGAGAAUGAUUGCAAAGGAGAUACGUCAUGUUGGUCGCAUGGCGUCUGUGAACAUGGAUCCUGCUUUAAUGUUUAGAACGAGGAAGAAGAAAUGGAGGAGUUUGGGGUCUCUCAGCCAGGGCAGUACAAAUGCAGCUGUGCUGGAUGUUGCGCAAACGGGGGGUCAUAAAAAGCGGGUCCGUCGCAGCUCCUUCCUUAAUGCCAAAAAACUGUAUGAAGACGCUCAGAUGGCACGGAAAGUAAAGCAAUAUCUCUCAAACUUGGAUCUGGAAAUGGAUGAAGAGAGCCUCCAGACGCUGUCUCUGCAGUGUGAGCCAGCCACCAACACAUUGCCGAAGAAUACAGGAGACAAGCGAUCUGGAAAAUCUGAAACGUCACCGGUGGCUCCCCGGGCAGGCAUUCAGCAGAAAGUGCAACAGCAGCAGCAACAUAAAGUAAACCAAGCGUUGCAGGUCCCUGCUGUAUCUCUUUAUCCCUCUCGCAAGAAAGUGCCAGUCAAAGAUCUCCCACCAUUUGGCAUUAACUCCCCGCAAGCUUUAAAGAAAAUUCUUUCAUUAUCCGAAGAAGGAAGUUUGGAUCGUCACAAGAAACAGUCUGAAGACACAGUCUCAAGUGCAUCUUCACAGCUGUCUUCUCCCCCCACUUCACCACAGAGCUCUCCAAGGAAAGGCUAUACCUUGGCUCCUAGCGGCACGGUGGAUAACUUUUCAGAUUCCGGUCACAGCGAAAUUUCUUCCAGAUCUAGCAUUGUCAGCAAUUCCUCUUUUGACUCUAUGCCAGUCUCCUUGCAUGAUGAGAGGAGACAGAGGCAUUCUGUCAGCAUUGUGGAGACAAAUCUUGGUGUGGGAAGGAUUGAUAGAAGAAUCCUGAUUGAACCAGAUCAAUACAGCUUAGGGUCAUAUGCACCACUGUCAGAGACCAGAGGCCUGUAUGCUGGAGCAACUGUGCUUUCUUCUCCUAGUACAGAAGAACUGUCACAGGAUCAGGGGGACAGAGCUUCGCUUGAUGCAGCUGACAGUGGCCGUGGUAGCUGGACUUCUUGUUCGAGUGGUUCUCAUGACAACAUACAGACAAUACAGCACCAGAGAAGCUGGGAGACUCUGCCUUUUGGAUAUGCUCAUUUUGAUAGUUCAGGUGAUGGUGCAGGACUGUGGUCCUCGGGCAGUCACAUGGACCAGCUGAUGUUCCCCGAUCAUGGCACAAAGUAUGGCAGGCAAAGUCAAGGCAGAGAGGGACUUGAUCAAGCACAGUCCAGAGCAAGCUGGGCAUCCUCAACAGGAUACUGGGGAGAGGACUCAGAAGGCGAUACAGGUACCAUAAAGCGGAGGGGUGGGAAGGAUGUUUCAAUUGAAGCUGAAACCAGUAGCAUAACAUCUGUACCAGCAGAGGAGUCAAAGCCAGCUCCCGUGCCCACUCAUAUAGCAGCAGCAUCAAGUAGUACAAAGGGGCUUAUUGCACGAAAAGAGGGUCGAUAUCGGGAACCACCUCCAACUCCUCCUGGUUAUGUAGGAAUACCUAUUGCUGAGUUUGCAGAAGGUAGUUCCCAUCCAACCAGAAAGCCUCCAGAUUACAACAUAGCACUGCAGAGGUCUAGAAUGGUGGCACGGACGUGUGAGACCCACGGAACAUCAACUCCUCAGCAGCAGUUGCAUGGCCAUUCAACUAGCAGGCCUGUGAACAAACCUCAGUGGCAUAAACCAAAUGAGUCAGAUCCACGUCUUGCUCACUAUCCAUCUCAAGGGUUUUCCACAGAGGAAGAUGAAGAUGAACAAGUCUCUGCUGUCUAAGACUUGGGGCUUUUCUGGAUCCAGAGUGAGCCACCUUAAAGGAGAGCACAAGAAGACGUCCCUAGAAUAGGAGCCUUGGAACUAUAGUUAAAGGAUGGUGGACCUAUUUGCCUCCUUCCCUGCCUUAAAGCAGCAUGGGGCUUCUUCCUCCGCCCCUCCCCCUUCUGUCCCCUCUCCCCUUGCAUGUGAAAUACUGUGAAGAAAUCGCCCUGGCACUUUUCAAACUGUGUUGCUUGAAAUGCACAGUGCAGCAAUCUCCAAGCUACCACUGUCGCUGUCUGCCACAUCACACAGUAUCAUUCCAAAUUCCAAGAUCAUCACAUCAGGAUGAUUAACUCUGGCUGCACUUCCCAAUGCCUGGAAGGGUUGUUUUUUUUUUUUAAUCUUCCUUUUAGAUUUUAAUCACAAUCCUAGCACUUAGUCUCAUUGGGAUGAUGAGAUCAGCUAGUUGUCAAAUUACAUGGCCUUUAACCUACAAAGAGAGAAAUGCAUUGAAAUCCUUCAAGGAGGCAGUGCUUAUUUGCUUGUUUACAAUGCCUUUGUUACCAUUUUGUAUGUUUGCGUUUCGGAGAUCAAAUACUGCAUCUGCAUAGUAAUUACAGUAUUAUUUCAUACCUGUAGGUAGGGUUGCCAGCCUGAGCUCCUGAAGAGAAUAUUGCUAUCGCGUGGCUGAGCAGGGUAGGAGGGAAGGCGGAGGUUAUGGGAUGCAGCCUUUCCUUGACCCUCUCGCUUCACUUUUAAUGUGCCCCACCCUGGAAUCUUCAAAAGCUUGUAAAUGUUAGCGUUAAUUGCAUCCUCAGCCGGGUCUGGUGUAAAUGCAGAAAUGCGUGCUUGCAACCGUCCGGUGAUGGAAGAGGACACUGUGUGUCUCGUACCUGUGCCUUGCAGAAUACAGGAUGGCAUACUGAAAAAGAGCGUGUCCCAUUCUAAUGAGACAGACGGCAACCCCACCUUUAAGUUAUAUAUUAUUUUUAUUUUAUUUUAUUUUUACUAUAUAGUAGUUAUAUUAAAAGAAAAAUUAACUGGAUAACAUUGCAGUGAAGGCAAGUUGGGAUGUCACAGCUCAUGUCAGCUGUUAACACUGAUCUAAUAAUCUCCAUCUAUUGACUUUGGCAUUAGGGGAUAAAUGAGUCCUUAAAUAAUGAAAAAUAACACGUUUAGAUUUGUCAGCCUUUGCAAUGCAGAAAUAGUCACAACUGUUAAUGGCUUCAUGGAACACUGCAUGUGUAGAGAAGGCCAAUGUGUAGCAACCACCUGCUCACAGCUGCUAUUAACCCUAUAAUGACUGAAAUGACCCUCCCCUCUAUUUUUGUGUUGUUUUUGCACAGACUCCGGAGAAGUGAAGGCUGCCAAUCUGAGUAGUACUCAAAUGUGAGGAACUGCUGGUCUUGGAUUUUUUUUUUUUCAUUGAACUCAGCUGAUCAUAUUGAUCAGUAGAUAAACGUAAAUAGCUUCAACUUUUAAAGAUCAAAUUGCAGUGUUUUUUCACUGUAUCAAACAAAUGUCAGUGCUUUAUUUAAUUCUCUCUCCUGUAAUCAUAGCUUUUGUCUAUUUGCUUAUAUAUCACAUUGUCAAUUAUGCAUUUGUAAUUUUACAUGUAAUAUGCAUUAUUUGCCAGUUUUAUUCUCAAGGCUAUGGACCUCAUGUGCAUAUAGAAAUACAAAAUCCUAGCUCUAUCACAAGUUGCACAAAUGUUAUAUAAGCAUUAAGUAAUUGUAGACCAUAGGACUGCUAAUCUCAGUUCGCUCUGUGAUGUCAAGUGCAGAAUGUACAAUUAACUGGUGAUUUCCUCAUACUUUUGAUACUACUUGUACCUGUAUGUCUUUUAGAAAGACAUUGGUGGAGUCUGUAUCCCUUUUGUAUUUUUAAUACAAUAAUUGUACAUAUUGGUUAUAUUUUUGUUGAAAAUGGUAGAAAUGUACUAUGUUUAUGCUUCUACAUCCAGUUUGUAUGAAGCUGGAAAAUAAAUAAAUAUAACAUUAAUGAAGUCCAUAUUGAUUCUUAUGCAUUUUACAUGUUCCACAUACUUGAACAAAUUUAUGAAAAAAUUUUACUUCUCUGUGUAUUAAUAUUAAAGGGACAUUGCCAAGUGAUGUGGG